UUCCCCUCAUGGUGGACUGAAAACAUCGUCUUUUAAAAGUUGUUACUAAGUAGACUCUGUGUGUCUGUGCAUGGCUAGUUUUUAUUUAUCUUAAUGAGACAGUGUGUGUAAAAUAUCUCCCCUGUUCUCGUCUGUGAGGCAAUGAAAUAAGAAGUCUGGAGUGACAGAGCAUCGAAGAAACUACAGUCUGAGUGAGCUUGUUAUGCUAACAGGCUAACAGUGCUACAGAAGAUGAAGACCGACCUUACUAACGGUGAUACCAGUGUUAUGGAUAUGUUUGAAAGGGGAAAAGUCCUGAAAAUAUGCGCUCCAAUGGUCCGAUAUUCAAAGCUGGCUUUCAGAUCCUUGGUGAGGAAAUACAACUGUGAUAUUUGCUUCACCCCAAUGAUAGUUGCUGCUGACUUCAUGCGAUCUGUCAAAGCCAGAGACAGUGAAUUCACUACCAAUGAGCGUGACCGGCCCUUGAUUGUACAGUUUGCUGCCCAUGACGCCCAGACUCUGGCUGAUGCGGCUUGUGUGGUAGCACCUUUCUCAGAUGGAGUUGACCUCAACUGUGGCUGUCCCCAGAGAUGGGCCAUGUCAGCAGGGUAUGGUGCAUGCCUAAUCAACAAGCCUGAGCUGGUUAAAGACAUGGUCAGACUGGUCAGGAACCAAGUGGACAAUCCAAACUAUACAGCUUCCAUCAAAAUCAGAAUUCACAAAGACCUGAGGAGGACAGUCGAUCUGUGCCAGAAGGCUGAGGCAGCGGGUGUGUCGUGGAUAACAGUCCACGGUCGGACAUCAGACGAGCGUCACCAGCCGGUCCACUACGAUGCCAUAAAGACAAUCAAAGACAGCGUAUCCGUCCCUGUCAUUGCCAAUGGAGACAUCAAGUACCUCCGUGAUGUGGAGUCCACUCACCAGCUGACUGGUGUUGAUGGUAGGUUAUCUUCACUAAAGAUGACUCUGCAGUGGACUGCUGUGGCCCUCUUCCUCUAUGUGGAGAUGGGUAUUCUUGUCAUCCUAUGUUUACCAUUCAUCUCAGCUAGGAGGUGGCAGAGCAUUUUCCAGCUAAGGAUCUGGGGCACUGUGGCAAGAUUUUGGAACAAAGUGUUCUUCACAAUGAUCAUAAUACUAAUUGUUCUCUUCCUUGAUGCAGUGCGUGAGGUGAGGAAAUACUCAGGUAAAGACCUAGCCAGAGAUGCCAAGGUACAGUCCACCAUGUAUGACCACCUACACAUGAAGCUGUUCAGAGCCCAGAGGAACCUCUACAUCUCCGGCUUCGCUGUCUUCCUCUGGUUGGUUAUGAAGCGAGUGAUCACUUUAAUUAACCAACUGGCAUCAGUGUCUGGCAUGACUGCUGCUCUUCAGGCGCAGGCUGACAACGCUAAUCAGGCUGCCAAGAAGUACAUGGAGGACAAUGACCUGCUGAAACAGACUCUGAUGGAAGGAAAGGGUGAUAAGGCUACUGCACAGGGCAUGGAGCUGUUGAGGACAGAGGUGGGAAAACUGAAAGAGGAACUGAAGACCUCAGGAGACGCCCUCAAGAACUCUCAGUCAGAGGCGGAUGUAAUGAAGAAGCAGAUGGACGGCCUCGCCAGGGAGUACGACAGAUUGUUGAAGGAACAUCAGGAGCUCCAGAAUCAACAAGAUAGUGGAGACAAAAAGGACGACUAGUUACUGUCAAGUUGAAGCGUUUACACAGCAACACGGGAGAGCCACUGCAACACACGCUUACCUUUAUAUAACACAAAACCAGGAGUCGGCUCCUCUUUGAAGUACAUACUUUGACUGAUAUCAGUAAUGAUUUUAGAGCACAGAGUUAAAUUUUAUAUCGGGGGAACUUACUGACUUUAAUGGAAUGAUUAUUUUUGAUGGUUUCCUGUUUCUGCCUGGCAUAGUGUGACUGAGAGGAUUGCUUUUCAAAUGCAUACUCUAUCAGGCAGAUUAGUUGAGCAAGGUAAUUGGAGAGGAUUCAGUCAGUAAUAAUCAACCCAGGUGUGAUCACAGGGCACUUAAUAUGUUGACAAUGCAACACGGAUGCUGUUCUAUGGUUUGUACUAUUUGUUUUAGUCAGACGCACAGUGUUGUAGAGUGCAAAGAUUUUCUAUAGGAUUUUAAAUUGAAAGCUUACGCACUCUAUCACUGUGGAAAAUGGCUGUGAAUGUAUUUUGAUACUAAAGAUUUGGUUUGUUUUUUUAUGUCUGUUUUCUAGAAGGGGCAUCUACUGCUCUUACUUUGAGCUUAGCAACAGUAUGUAAAUUCAGUCUAUGUUUGCAUGGCUGUGCAAAUAGAGUUUGCAUGUACAGUUGCGCUUUGACAAAUCAUUGUCACAUGUUUUUGUCAUAUUCCAGCGUAUUUUUUAACUCAGUAGUGAUAGAGUAAUAUUAGUUAGGAUUCCAAACAUUCAGCACAUUUUUCUUUUGUUUUCCACCUUAAUUUAAACAUAUCAAUCUGUUACAACAAGUAAAUGUAUAAAAGAGGAUAUUUGUGGAUUCAACCACUUAUUUUCUUAUUUAGAGAUAACAGAGCAGAAAAAUCUCUUAUUGUGAAAAUCUCUGAGCCACAGAAAGUCUACAUUCUUGUUAAAUUUGCUGCAGUUUGUGUGUCAAGUGUUAAUUAUUGGGUGCAGGAAGAGUUGUUCUGUAUGUGUCAUGAAAGGUGGCUGUUAAACUUUAAAGCCCUGUCAGUGUGAAAGACGAGUUCAGACUGUAAUCACCAAAUGUUUGUGUGCUUCCCCCUUUUUUUUAAUGAUACAUACAUUCUUUAAAUUGUGCUUUUACAUUUCUGUUGAAGACACAAACCAUGUUGAAGUGCCUUUCAGGUGGAUGUACUAUACUUUUGUUCAAUAAAGAUAUGUUUCUG